AUGAGCGAAACUCGGGAUUCUACUCUUUGCUUUCGUAAUGCGCGAGAGUUAAAUACAAAAGAAGAGUAUGGGGAGUCAAGCUCUGUGGAUUUUGAACGAAACACAUGUUUUGAAAUCGCCCCGGACUACAACAGAAGAGUCGAGCGAGUCUGUAGAUCAGAGAAAUUUGGCUGUGAGAAAGAUCUAGAUUCUAACAGUGAAAAAAUUACCGAUCCAAUAAGUGACUCGAUAGAAACUGACAACAUAAAUGAGAAUUUUACAAAUACACAUGAUGAUAGAAUGUGUAGAAUAUGUUUUGCUGGACCUGAAGAGGAAGAUAAUCUUGGACGUUUAAUUUCACCGUGUUUGUGUAAAGGAACUAUGAGG